ACAGGGGCGGGGCCCGAGGCGCACAGCCCGGGCUCCCGCAGUGGCGGCCACAGCUACCGCCGCCAGGCUUAUAUACCGCGGCUAAAUUUAGGCUGAGCCCGGAGCUCGUCCCCAUCCGGGACGCGUUUCCGUCGACGCCUCCUAGCCCGGCCCUCUGUGCCUACCGCGCCUAUAAGGCCUGGGUGGGCCGGGCCAUAGCACACACAGUCCCUGCCAUGGCGCUCAGCGAGCCUAUCUUGCCGUCCUUUGCUACUUUCGCCAGCCCGUGCGAGCGCGGCCUCCAGGAGCGCUGGCCGCGCAAUGAACCCGAGGCGGGCGGCACCGAUGAGGACCUAAACAGCGUGCUGGACUUCAUCCUCUCCAUGGGAUUGGACGGUCUGGGCGCCGAGAAUCCUCCCGAGCCCCCACCGCAGCCCCCGCCGCCUGCGUUCUACUACCCGGAACCCGGCGCCCCGCCGCCCUACGGCACCCCCGCGGCCGGCCUGGGGACGGAGCUGCUGCGCCCCGACCUGGACGCGCCUCAGGGUCCCGCUCUGCACGGCCGCUUCCUCCUCGCGCCCCCCGGGCGGCUAGUGAAGGCCGAGCCCCCGGAGGUGGACGGCGGCGGCUACGGCUGCGCUCCGGGCAUGGCCCGCGGACCGCGCGGGCUGAAGCUCGAGGGCGCCCCGGGAGCGACAGGUGCUUGCAUGCGGGGUCCCGCCGGACGCCCCCCGCCGCCCUCGGACACGCCGCCGCUCAGCCCCGACGGCCCCCCGCGCCUCCCCGCGCCCGGUCCUCGCAACCCGUUCCCGCCUCCCUUCGGUCCCGGCCCCGGCUUCGGCGGCCCCGGCCCCGCGCUGCACUACGGGCCGCCCGCACCCGGCGCCUUCGGUCUCUUCGAGGACGCCGCGACGGCGGCGGCGCUGGGCUUGGCUCCCCCGGCCACGCGCGGUCUCCUCACGCCGCCCUCGUCCCCGCUGGAGCUGCUGGAGGCCAAGCCCAAGCGCGGCCGCCGCUCCUGGCCCCGCAAGCGCGCCGCCACGCACACUUGCAGCUACACCAACUGCGGCAAGACCUACACCAAGAGCUCUCACCUAAAGGCGCAUCUGCGCACGCACACAGGUGAGAAGCCUUAUCAUUGCAACUGGGACGGCUGCGGCUGGAAGUUCGCGCGUUCUGACGAGCUCACCCGCCACUACCGCAAGCACACAGGUCACAGACCCUUCCAGUGCCACUUGUGCGACCGGGCCUUCUCUAGGUCCGACCACCUGGCCCUGCACAUGAAGCGACACAUGUAGCCUGGGUCGACUCGGCUAGCCCAUGCGCGACUGGCGGGUUCCACGCGCCGGGCACGGUCCCCUUGCAAACUGACUGCUAUUUAUUGGACCUUGAGGACAGAGCCGGACAAGUGUGGCCACAGGAAAAUGACUCUGCCACCGGUUCUGGCCCCCACCGUGACUGAAGGCCCCAGGGAAAAAGACAGGAGCCUGUGAAGAAUGUUUUCAAAAUGGUGCAAUAAUUGACUUAUUUCCCUCGGGUCCCCUCUAGAGGAUCGAGGCUAGAUGCCUUGUGAGAAAAAUGCCUUUGAGUUUACUAGCCCCAACGUUUUUAUAAUAUUGUAUAUAAGUGACUAUGGCAGAUUGUAUUACUACCCAGGAGACCAUGGCAUCUCUGCCGCCUGCUUCGUUUUUAUAAGACUUUUUUUUUUAAUUAAAGUUUUGGAUCUUUGGAGGAA